AUGGGGGCUGUGCUCCUCAAGCGUGGGGGCUGUCUCCUGCUGUGGCUGGCCCUGCUGCUGAGCUGCUGGGCUGAGCUUGGCAGUGGUCUGGAGUUCCCAGGGGCUGAGGGCCAAUGGACCCGCUUUCCCAAGUGGAAUGCCUGCUGUGAGAGUGAAAUGAGCUUCAAUAUGAAGACACGCAGCUCCAGUGGGUUGGUCCUCUAUUUUGACGAUGAGGGGUUCUGUGACUUCCUGGAGCUGAUCUUGACCCAAGGGGGGAGGCUUCAGCUCAGCUUCUCUAUCUUCUGUGCUGAGCCUGCCACCCUGCUGACUGACACACCUGUCAGUGACAACCUCUGGCACACAGUGGUCAUCCGCCGCCAUUUUAAGAACACGACACUGCUCAUUGACCAGACCGAGGCAAAGUGGGUGGAAGUGAAGUCCAAGCGGCGUGACAUGACUGUCUUCAGUGGCCUCUUCUUGGGUGGGCUCCCGCCCGAGCUGCGCUCAGCAACCCUGAAACUGACGCUUUCCUCGGUGAAGGACCGGGAGCCCUUCAAGGGCUGGAUAACUGAUGUCAGGGUCAACUAUACGCAGGCCUCACCUGUGGAGAGUCAGGAGGUGCGGCUGGAUGAUGAGCAGAGCCGCCUGUGCGCCAGGGAUGAUGUUUGCCUCAACGGUGGCAUCUGCUCGGUGCUCAAUGACCAGGCUGUCUGCGACUGCUCACAAACCGGCUUUCGGGGGAAGGACUGCAGUGAAGAGGAGCACCCUAUGGAGUUCCCUAGAGAAAUUACUUUGUUGUCAGAAGCGGGUAAUAUAAUUUUUGCUCACGGGGGGAGUGGAAGAGGAGGGUUUGGGGAAGCUCACAAGGAGAGGAAGGGAAAAGAAGAAUAUAUUGCAACAUUCAAGGGAUCGGAAUAUUUCUGCUAUGAUUUGUCCCAGAACCCCAUACAGAGCAGCAGUGAUGAAAUAACUCUGUCAUUUAAAACUCUUCAGAGGAACGGACUGAUGCUUCAUACAGGAAAAUCAGCUGAUUAUGUCAAUCUUGCACUGAAAAAUGGAGCUGUCUCGUUGGUCAUUAAUUUGGGCUCAGGGGCCUUUGAAGCACUGGUGGAACCUGUGAAUGGAAAAUUUAAUGACAAUGCCUGGCAUGAUGUGAAAGUAACCAGGAAUCUGCGUCAGCACUCAGGCAUUGGACACGCUAUGGUAAACAAACUACAUUGUUCGGUGACAAUAUCAGUGGAUGGAAUUCUGACUACUACGGGCUACACGCAAGAAGACUACACCAUGCUGGGUUCUGAUGACUUUUUCUAUGUUGGUGGCAGUCCUAGCACAGCAGACCUACCAGGGUCACCAGUCAGUAACAACUUUAUGGGCUGUCUCAAAGAGGUUGUAUAUAAAAAUAAUGAUGUCAGACUGGAGUUAUCUCGACUUGCCAAGCAAGGAGACCCUAAAAUGAAGAUUCAUGGAGUUGUAGCAUUUAAAUGUGAGAAUGUUGCAACCUUGGAUCCAAUCACAUUUGAAACACCAGAGUCUUUCAUCUCUUUGCCAAAGUGGAAUGCCAAGAAAACAGGGUCAAUAUCAUUUGACUUUCGCACAACUGAGCCAAAUGGACUGAUUCUUUUCAGUCAUGGAAAACCAAGGCAUCAGAAAGAUGCCAAACACCCACAAAUGGUAAAGGUUGACUUUUUUGCCAUCGAGAUGCUUGAUGGGUACCUUUACCUGCUCUUAGACAUGGGAUCGGGUACUAUUAAAAUAAAAGCCUUGCAAAAGAAGGUGAAUGAUGGAGAGUGGUACCAUGUGGACUUUCAGCGGGAUGGACGGUCAGGUACCAUUUCUGUGAACACAUUACGUACACCUUACACUGCACCAGGAGAAAGCGAAAUCCUAGACCUAGAUGAUGACUUGUAUCUUGGGGGCUUGCCAGAAAAUAAAGCAGGGCUGGUCUUUCCAACAGAGGUGUGGACAGCACUUCUCAAUUACGGAUAUGUUGGCUGCAUCAGAGACUUGUUUAUUGAUGGCCAAAGCAAGGAUAUUCGACAAAUGGCUGAAAUUCAAAGCACUGCUGGAGUGAAACCUUCAUGCUCAAGAGAAACUGCAAAACCAUGCCUGAGCAACCCCUGUAAAAACAAUGGUGUAUGCAGGGAUGGGUGGAACAGAUAUAUCUGUGAUUGUUCUGGUACAGGCUACCUUGGCAGAUCAUGUGAGAGAGAGGCAACAGUUUUAAGCUAUGACGGAAGUAUGUUUAUGAAGAUACAGCUCCCUGUUGUGAUGCAUACAGAGGCAGAAGAUGUGUCCUUACGGUUCAGGUCUCAGCGAGCUUAUGGCAUUUUAAUGGCAACUACUUCUAGGGAAUCUGCAGAUACACUUCGUUUAGAGCUGGAUGCAGGACGAGUUAAACUAACGGUCAACCUAGACUGUAUCAGGAUUAACUGUAAUUCCAGCAAAGGUCCAGAAACCCUUUUUGCUGGCUAUAACCUCAAUGAUAAUGAGUGGCACACGGUACGUGUGGUUCGUCGAGGAAAAAGUUUAAAGUUAAUGGUGGAUGACCAACAAGCUAUGACAGGUCAAAUGGCUGGUGAUCACACGAGACUGGAAUUCCAUAACAUAGAGACAGGAAUAAUAACAGAACGCCGCUACCUGUCCUCUGUUCCCUCUAAUUUCAUUGGACAUCUGCAGAGUCUCACAUUUAACGGCAUGGCAUACAUUGACCUAUGUAAAAAUGGAGACAUUGAUUAUUGUGAGCUAAAUGCCAGAUUUGGUUUCAGGAAUAUCAUAGCAGAUCCUGUCACCUUUAAAACAAAAGCAAGCUAUGUUGCACUGGCCACACUACAAGCCUACACAUCUAUGCACCUUUUUUUCCAGUUCAAAACAACAUCACUGGAUGGACUGAUACUGUAUAACAGUGGAGAUGGAAAUGAUUUCAUUGUAGUUGAAUUAGUUAAAGGGUAUUUACAUUAUGUGUUUGAUUUGGGAAAUGGUGCAAAUCUCAUCAAAGGAAGUUCUAAUAAACCUCUGAAUGACAAUCAGUGGCACAAUGUGAUGAUAUCGAGGGAUACCAAUAAUCUUCAUACUGUGAAGAUUGACACUAAAAUCACAACACAAAGCACAGCAGGAGCCAGAAACUUAGACCUCAAAAGUGAUUUGUAUAUUGGAGGAGUGGCGAAAGAAAUGUAUAAAUCCUUACCAAAACUAGUGCAUGCAAAGGAGGGAUUUCAAGGUUGCCUUGCAUCAGUUGACUUAAAUGGACGUCUGCCUGAUCUGAUCUCGGAUGCCCUGUUUUGCAACGGACAAAUAGAAAGAGGAUGUGAAGGCCCCAGCACCACAUGCCAAGAGGAUUCAUGUGCAAACCAAGGAGUGUGCUUGCAGCAGUGGGAUGGAUUCAGCUGUGACUGCAGUAUGACCUCCUUUAGUGGACCAUUGUGCAAUGACCCGGGAACAACAUAUAUCUUUAGCAAAGGUGGUGGACAAAUCACAUACACGUGGCCUCCUAAUGAUCGGCCAAGCACUCGUGCUGACAGACUGGCAAUAGGGUUUAGCACUGUUCAAAAAGAAGCAGUUUUGGUACGAGUAGACAGUUCUACUGGGCUCGGAGACUAUUUAGAGCUGCAUAUUCACCAGGGAAAAAUUGGAGUUAAGUUUAAUGUUGGAACUGAUGACAUCUCUAUCGAAGAGAUCAACGCAAUCAUUAAUGAUGGAAAAUACCAUGUAGUACGUUUUACAAGAAGUGGUGGCAAUGCCACAUUACAGGUGGACAGCUGGCCAGUUAUAGAACGUUACCCGGCAGGAAACAAUGAUAACGAGCGCCUGGCGAUUGCUAGACAGCGAAUUCCAUAUCGACUUGGUCGAGUAGUUGAUGAAUGGCUACUCGACAAAGGGCGUCAGCUUACAAUCUUCAAUAGCCAAGCAACCAUAAAAAUUGGAGGCAAGGAACAGGGUCAUCCAUUCCAAGGCCAGCUCUCUGGUCUUUACUACAAUGGCUUGAAAGUUCUGAAUAUGGCAGCUGAAAAUGAUGCUAACAUCGUGAUAGAAGGAAAUGUGAGACUUGUUGGUGAAGUGCCUUCUUCUCUGACAACUGAAUCAACAGCCACAGCAAUGCAGUCUGAGAUGUCCACGUCAGUUAUGGAAACUACCACCACUUUGGCCACGAGCACUGUCAGAAGAGGAAAGACCCCUACAAAAGAACCUAUUGGUCAGACCACAGAUGACAUCCUGGUGGCCUCGGCUGAAUGUCCCAGUGAUGACGAGGAUAUUGAUCCCUGUGAGCCGAGCUCAGCAAAUCCUACCAGAGCAGGAGGAAGAGAAUACCCAGGCUCAGCUGAAGUGAUUCGAGAAUCCAGCAGCACAACAGGCAUGGUGGUUGGAAUCGUUGCAGCAGCGGCACUGUGUAUCCUAAUCCUUCUUUAUGCCAUGUACAAGUACAGAAACAGAGAUGAAGGCUCGUACCAUGUAGAUGAGAGUCGAAACUACAUCAGUAACUCAGCACAGUCCAAUGGGGCUGUGAUUAAGGAAAAACAGCCCAACAGUGCUAAAAGUUCCAACAAGAACAAGAAAAAUAAGGAUAAGGAAUACUAUGUCUGA